AAUGCAGACAUAGUAAGGAAUGCAACUGCACCUGAAGACUCAAGCAAGGACUUAAAGGACUGUGUAAUAGGGUGCGACGGCGUGAAGACUUUGUUACACAGAGAGAGGAAAAAAGAAAGGGACAGAGCACAGAGGAGAGAGUGGGAGGCAGCAUGUGAACAGAAGGGCAGGUGGACAGGGGAGUGGCCUCUCACUGUGCCAUUAUAGCCAAGUUCAGAAGGGUGAUCCUUCCAGUCAGUCAUACGUUGAACAUUAGCAGUCGCAGCGCUGGCAGAGAGCAAGGAAGUGAAACAAUCACAGCAUAACUCUGCAUUUCUCAACCAGCACAAGAGAGGCUUUUUAUGGGAAAUUACCCAGUGGUCUUUUAGCCAUUUAUUUACUUAUAUUCUACUUUGUUACAGAACAAACUGAAAAAGGGGGGCAAAAAACCACCUGAUUUUUUUAAAAGAAACAAAACAACAACAACAAUAACAGCAACAACAACAAAAAAAGCUGGUUAUGUAAGUGUGGAUUGUUUCUGGCCGGAGGCUAACAGCAAAUACUAAGGAAUUUAGAGGAGGUCUUCAUCUCAUGUCCGGACGAGUCGACAUUUCCAACAGCACUACUCCACUGAAGCAGGCAGAGAGGAUGACUGAUGAAUCACAUGUUCUGAAUGACCCCGAGACCGGCUCUCCUAAGAACCAAUGCCAGUACAAGGAUCACAGGAAACUGGCCAUCAUGAGCAUCAUAUGCGGUCUCUCCUGCUUCGGCAUCAUGUCUCUGAUUUACUCUGUGAAGACUCGUGCAACAAACAAAAAGCUUGACACAAAUGACCCGGUCAGUACAAGCAAGGCCAAGGAGUAUUCCAACAAAACUUUUAAAUGGGGAGUGAUAGCCAUCAUUUCAUGGGUGGGCCUGCUAAUUCUCUUCCCUUUGAGCAUGGGACUCAUAUCUUACCUCUUCACAUUCAUAAACUGAACCCCACUCCCCUCAUGAAUGCUAGACUGCAAGAAAAAUAAGGAAAGCGGUCACCAUGGAUACCACUGCCUGACUGAACUGAUGUGUCGACAUGUCUAUGUAUAGACUGAAAACAGUAACCAACCAUCUAGCAGCUCUGCUCUGCACCCACCCACCCACCACUUGGUCUGCGUCAAGCCCUGAGCCGGGAUUUCCGUACUUUCUAGGUCACUGAAGGGGGACUUUGGACAAGUAUCUUUCAAAUGAGAGAUCAAGCUCACACUGUCCAGAUAAAACAAAGUGUUUUACCCAAAACACACAACAUAAAGUACAAGUCUAUCCAUUUGUUACAAAAUAUGGGAUUUUAUUCACACUUCAAACUGUGGAGAGUAAACACCAAGAAUGUAUAAAUAAGACUUUGAAUGCUGUUAUGAAAGAACUUUAAAAACUAGGCCAUAUUUCAGUCACUCUGUUUAGUUUAUUUGUGCUACGGUAGUAAGCUGUGCUUUUGUAUCAAAUACUUGGCAAAAACCCUUAACUGUCAGUGCUUUCCAGCUAUAUUGGGACAGAAAGCUUUAACUUAAUACCUAUAAACAUUAAAAAGCAAAGUAACAUACAACACAAAUAUUCAUUAUAAGGGAAACCAGCAACACAUUUAUAUCUGUAACAUACAGGUUAAUUGCUCUUUUAACUACUAACUAAAAAAGUUAACAUGGUUUGCAUUUACUUUGGGGA